GUCAUGACGGAGAGUGGCGGGGCUCUGGAACACAUAAGGAGGUGCUGCUUCACUUGCUGCACACCACACUUUCAGUUCUGGUCUCCAUCCUGCUGCCCUCAAGACAAAAUAAUGACUGCCUUCAAGGGCAUCUGGACUCAGGAGUUCUGGCGCUGUGUGGGUGCUGAGUUCUUCGCCAUGCUGCUAUUUGUCCUGCUCAGCCUUGGGUCAACCAUCAACUGGGGGGCUGUUGAGAAGGAUCCCCAUCCCCCUGACCUGGUACUCAUCUCACUCUGCUUUGGUCUGACUAUUGCCACCAUGGUGCAGUGCUUCAGCCACAUCAGUGGUGCUCAUAUCAACCCCGCAGUCACAGCAGCCAUGGUGGUGACCAGAAAGCUCAGUCUGGCUAAAGCUGUCUUCUUCCUGCUGGCCCAGUGUACCGGAGCCAUAGUGGGGGCUGCCAUUUUGUAUGGCAUCACCCCAGCCUCUGUUAGGGGUAGCAUGGGCAUCACCACGGUAAAUAUGAGCAUUUCUGUGGGAAACGCAUUGGUUGUAGAACUCUUCAUCACCUUUCAGUUGGUCUUCACUGUGUUUGCCACUUGUGACAACAAACGCAGUGACCUCAAGGGUUCAUCUGCUUUGGCUAUUGGCCUGUCUGUGUGUAUUGGUCACCUGUUUGCUAUUCCCUACACUGGAGCCAGUAUGAAUCCUGCCCGAACCUUUGGCCCAGCCAUGGUCACAUGGUGCUGGGAAAACCACUGGGUGUACUGGGUGGGUCCAACUCUGGGUGGGACUCUGGCUGGAGCUCUGUAUGAGUACCUAUUCUGUCCAGACCCAGAACUGAAGAGACGUUACUCUGAGGCCUUCAUCAAGACACCUUUCACUGCUAAUAAACACCGGCAGGACUCAGUCACAGCCCAGGAGCCUCUUUUCACUGUCAUGGAUGUGGAGAGAGCUGAGAGGAAGGAAAGAGAGAGGGAGAGGGAGGUAUCGGGGGAUGUGUUGUCCUCUGUAUGACUAGGAGGGAACCAUGGAACUGAUGUCCAGUCUGCUGACCAACAGUCUGCUCUGAAGGAGACUGACUUCCUGUAGACUGGCACAGCGAACACUCACAAAUUACAGACAGGUGAGGUUUUUGAGAUCCUAUGGAAAAUUACAUAUGGAUUUGAUAUUCUAUGUGACGAGAGAGAUGGCAAGCCACCCAUGAACCUGAUCUCUGCCUUGACCCAAGGAGUUGAAUCAAGAUUACCUUUUAUCCACAGGAGCCCAUCCAUUCUUCCAUCUCCAUCACUUGAGCGUCACACUCCAGUGUGUUAGUAGUAUCACAAUGACCUUUUCCACUUGACUUCUGACUUAAAAAGUGCAUUUGGCACAAUAAAAGAUUAAAACUAAUCUGAACAGUUUAUAACAGAAGGAAAAAAACCGAACUUGAACUUGAAUAAGACAGCCAGUGGAACUCUGUUAUUUUUUGUCAGGGACACUUUGAAUAAUCUUUGUAUUAUUUUCUGGUAAUAUUGUUACCUUGUGAAGCAUUGAACUAACUGUGUUUAAAGGGUUAACAUGUGAGUGCCAAGCUACAGACUCAGGAGGGGAGAAGAGUGCAAACUUCAUAAUCCAGCCCGGUUCCCCAGUGUUAGUCUGUACUUCCAGGGAAAGUAGGCUCUACUACUUAGACACAAAUUACAGGGAAAGUAGAUCCUACUUACACACUAAGGAGGGGAGAACAGUGCAAACUUCAUAAUCCAGCCCGGUUCUCCAGUGUUAGUCUGUACUUCCAGGGAAAGUAGACUCUACUUACUCACUAUUUACAGGGAAAGUAGGCUCUACUUACACACUAAUUACAUUACUGUACUUACAGAGUAUAGAUGAGAGAAUAGCACCUGUCAUGUGGUUUCUGUGUAAUUAAAUAAUAAAAACAUUUUAUA